UAAAACGUAUCAACAAAAACACAGAUAUUAUUCAAGGUUGGUAAUUGUUUGUAAAAAAAAUUGUUGUUGUCUGAUUGGCUACCUGAAGUAAACGCGAUAUUCAGUAAAAAUGUCUAGUGAUACAGACAACAAAAAAAGUACGCCAAAAGAUGGUGAAAAUGAAAAAUCAGAAAUUUUAGAUAAGUCUGAUUCUAAUUCAAAGGAUGCUGAUGCUAAGAAUAGUGUGAAAGAGGAUGAGAAGGAGAAAGCUAAAAUUCAUACCGCAAUCGUCGAUGAAAGUGAUCCGUUAAAAGACGAUGUAGAUGAUGAUAAAGAUGAUGAUGGUAAAGAUCCUUUAUCAAAUUCAGAGGAUGAAAAUAAUGACGCUAGCGUCGAGGAUCCGGGUUCGGGAGACGAAAAAUUUGACACUAGCGAAGAGAAAAACAGUCUAGAAUCUGAUGAAGAAAAUAAUUCAAAAUCGCCCAAUCCUGGAGAAGGGAACGGAACACCAUUAAAUGAAAUAUCAAAAAUUGAUGCAGCAAUUUCUCGUUUUAAAGUGGAUGACUUGAAACCUUUAUAUAAAAUUUUAUUCAACAACGUUGGAAAAGCAACAGUCAUUAAACGUGAUAUUAGAAAAUUCUGUGGGUUUGAUUUUGCAAAAGAUUCAAAUGCAUAUAAAAAGAAACUUGCGGCUGUUGAAAAAAUUGAGGCGAAACAGUUAAAAACUGUUUGUGACGUUUUGGAUUUGGAGAAAAAAGGCAGUAAUAAAGAAAUUGCAGCCCGUAUUUGUGAAUUUUUGGUUGAACCUCUUGAAUCAGAAAAAUCUGAAAAGGAGGAAAAAACUGAAAAGACAGAGAAAUCCGAAAAAAAUUCUGCAUCGGGUACUGGAAGACCGCGAAGAUCUGCAGCAGUUAAAGCUAAGAAUCGAGGAUAUUCAUCACAUGAAGAUUAUUCGGAAGAAGAAUUAACAACAAGCAGAAGGCCACAGCGUGCACGAAAAGGAAAACGUGUCAACUUAAAAGACGAAAGUUCGAGCAAUGAGUCAGACGAUGACAAGGGAUCAGUUUAUAGUGCAAAUGAAGAUGAUGAAUCCGAAGAAGAAUUGCCGCGACCACGAGGUGGCCGAGGAGGUGGUGGUGGUGGUGGACGAAAAACCAAAGCACCACCUGCUAAAUCACGAAGACCACCACCAUCCAAAAAACAUUCAGAUUCUGAAGAUGAUGUUGAUGAAAGUGAGGAAGAAGAAGAUGAAGAAGACAGUGAUUUUUCAGACGAACCUAAAUCAAAGAAGGCGAAGCCAAAUAAUAAAUCGCCAGCAAAUAAUAAGAGUAAAGUAACACCAAAAAAACCUGCACCAAAACCAGCAGCAGCUAAAAAUUCUGUAAAAACACCUGCAAAGAAAGCAGCACCUGAACCAGCAAACGAUUCUGCAAAUGCGCGUGGUGGUCGUGGCCGCCGAGCUGCAGCUACUGCAGCUGUAGCAAAAGUGCGAGAAGCAUCUUCCGAUGAAGAAGAAAAUGAAAAAGAAAAAGCCAGCAGCAGUGAAGAUGAACCACUUGUUAAGAAAUCAAAAUCACAACCACCCACCGAUGACGAAAUCAAAUUAUACGUGAAAGAGAUUUUAGAUGGUGCUAAUUUGGAAGAAAUCACAAUGAAAACCGUCUGCAAACAAGUUUAUGCGCAUUAUCCAGAUUUUGAUUUGGCUCACAAAAAAGAUUUUAUAAAAACAACAGUUAAAUCGUUAAUUUCUACGUGAAGUGUUUUUUUAAGUUCAAAAUCAAUUAAUUAAAAAAGAAAAAUUGAAUGAAGGUAAAAUUCGAAAAAUACUUUUUUUAGAAUUAGGAAAGUUAGGUAUAAGAUACUUAUUUUACUACCGAAAAGUUAGACACAAAAAUAAAAAAAUAAAAUGUACAAAAAAAUAAAAUGUAU